AUGCCCGAGUUUGUGCUCUUUGGUGAUUCGCUCACUGAGUGGGGCUUUAGCGAGACUACUCAGGGCUUCGGCCGUUUUCUUCAGCAAAAGUACCAGUACAAGGUGGGGAUCGUGAAUGAAGGUAGAGCAGGCUACACAAGCUCCGACCUGCAAGAUGACUUUGCCCGCAUAAUACGCAGCACAACAGCUUCAGGCGCAACGCAGACUCUCCUCUUUACCAUCUUCCUCGGCGCAAACGACGCCUGUAUCGGCUUGCAAGGCGCCGAGUAUGUACCAUGGCCCGUCUUCUCUGAGAAUAUCCGCGGCUUCCUCGACACUAUCCUCACAGAGCAGGCCAUGGACAAUACCAAAAUCGUUCUCAUCACGCCACCGCCAAUUAACAGUCAGGUUGAGGCUAUCAGCAAAAACAUGUCCAAGGCGGAGGUCGAGCAGGAAAAUUGCAAGAGGAAGCAAAUGCUCGGGUAUAGGACGUACAUGAACAAGAAGCGGUACGCCGAGGGAGUGAUGAAGAUUGCAAAAGAGUACGAGGAGACGCAGAGGGUGGUGGGGUUGAACUUUUGGCAGGACAUUGUGGAUGCGCUGGCAAAGGAGGAGGGAUGGGAGUACAACGCCGAAUUGCCGCCGGGCUGCGGCUUACUUGGCUCAAAGUCGUUUCCAAAGGGAUGGUUUACCGAUGGGUUGCAUUUGGAUGUCAAGGGCUACGCGGUAUUGAACAAGGGGCUGUUCAACCUUGUGAUUGAGAAAUGGCCCGAAUUGGCACCUGAGAAGCUAUAG